AGCAGGCUCUGGCUCCCUGGAUUGAUUUCGUUUUUGUUGACUUCCUGUUUGGAAGUGUUCAAAUGAAAUACGAGAACAUAAGACUCUUACUAACUAGUAAUGUUACCCUGAAAGAUGUCGCUAUCUCUCCUGGAAAAGCAUUUCUCGUCUUUGGCCUGGUUGGUAGUGAGGCGUUCCUUCCCUCAGAAAAUCCUCUCUUCCACCUCUUCAUGCUGUCGGUAGGAACCAGCCUACAAGCUUGAACCUGACCAAGGGGUGAUGAGGAUGAAAAUUAAAGAGACACAGAAACAGAUUAAAAUCUGGGGACCAGGGGGUUCAUGUCUCCCUUUGACAUAGACCCCCAAAUGACUCGUGCAUCUGGGCUUUAGUCAUUCAUAUGUGAGUGCAAGCAAUUAGAGUCCCACAGGAUCCACCUGUCUCCCACCCUCCACAGUACUUCUCCAGCUAGUGCAUACUCAACUAUCUCAGCUUUCAAAAGAGUUUGAGCAUGACUUCCCCAACCACAAAAGCAUUUACUAUCACAGUUCCCAAGGACCUGUAUGUUGUAGAAUAUGGCAGCAACGUAACAAUUGAAUGCAACUUCCAAGUAGAAAAUCAACUGGACCUGCUUUCCUUAUCUGUCUACUGGGACAAGGAGGAUAAGCACAUUAUUCAGUUUGUGCACGGAAAGGAAGAUCCCGAGGUUCAGCAUAGCAGCUUCAGGCAUAGGGCCCAGCUGCUCAAAGACCAGCUCUUUAAGGGAAAUGCUGUGCUUCAGAUCACAGAUGUGAAACUGCAGGACGAAGGAGUUUACUGCUGCAUCAUCAGUUAUGGUGGUGCGGACUACAAGCGGAUUACUUUGAAAGUCAAUGCCCCGUAUCUCAAAAUCAACCAACGAAUUUCCACGGAUCCAGUCACCUCUGAACAUGAACUAACAUGUCAGGCUGAGGGUUACCCUGAGGCUGAAGUCAUCUGGACAAGCAGUGACCACCAAAUCCUAAGUGGCAACACCAUCAUCACCACAUCCCAGACGGAGGAGAAAUUGUUCAACGUGACCAGCACGCUGAGAAUCAAUGCAACAGCUAAUGAGAUUUUCUACUGCACUUUUCGGAGAUCAGGUUCUGAGGAAAACAGUAGAGCUGAGUUGAUCGUCCCAGAACCACCUGCUGUAUCUUCCACAAAUAAGAGGAAUCAUUUUAUGAUGGUGGGACUCAUCCCGUUGUUCUGUGUUGUGGCACUGGUCCUAUUCUGCCUAAGAAAAGAUGUGAGUGUGAUAGAUGUGGAAAAAUGUAACACCCAAGAUUUGAACUCAAGGAAACAAAAUGAUAUACAAUUUGAGGAGACGUAACCAGUACCAAAACUUGUGAUCUUCAAGCAGGGGUUCUCAGCCCAUGGUUUGGGAGUUUGGGAGUGAAAAGGCUCGUGGGAUGCAGAUGAUGUUGGACUUCAGAGGCCCAAGCACUGGAAAAGGAACCUGGGAAAAGAAGAGAGAGUGGAAGCCAAAGAAAGAUGCAGUAGAAGGGGGAGCCUGGAAGGAAACCGUGGCCCUUCAAGAACGGAGACUGAGCAUUCAUGAAAGAGACAAAAGACACUUCUGAAUGAGGAGCCGGUUGAGAAUCCCUGAAGAAUGGUUAGCUCUUGCAGAAGUGCCCAUCGCCUCCACUCAGUGCCUCCGUGUGUCUUCUGCCCUGUUGACAGUCCCAGCAUUGCAACAGUAUUCAGGUGUGACUUGUUUCUAUUUAUUUUGAGCCUGCGGUGUCUUCUUGUUAGGUAAGUGUGGUUGUGAAUUAUCUCUUUUGAAGCUAUAAUAGCUGUUAAAACGCUGCUACUUAACUGCUUGUUUGGGUUCAGGAAAGCAUAUACUAUUUGUGAGGUGCUUAGUAUCCCCUGUAAGUAUUGUUACAGAUAGGAAGCAUUGGAUUGUAUGGAUCUUAAACUUAUUUAACCGACUCACUAGUUCAGCUGACUUGAGUAAUGUUAUCCUCAAAUUUCAAAGGUCUGUUACAGUGUCGGGUGCAUAUAAAUAUCAGCUUUACAACUGUGUGUACCUUGUUCAUGUAAUCUCAUUUCCAACAACCCUUCAGGAAACCCCUAUUACUGUAUUCAUUUAAUAGCUGAGGAAGCAGAGGGCUUACAUAACAUGUCCAUAGUAGGAAAUAGCAGCUCUCAGAUUUCUUCAACUUACCUCCUGUCCUUCUAGAGUGCAAUUUAUAGCUGUACUUUCAGAAAUUCAUUCAUUCAAAAAAUAUUCAAGUGCCUUUGCAUAUUAUGAGUGCCUUGCACCAUGCUCGGCAUUGAGUGUACACACAAGACAUAAUGUCAGUGGAGUGUACUUACAUGCGUUUAUAAUCAAAGCAAUUUUAGUUACAAGAAAUCAGUAUUUGAGAGAACUGGGGAAAAUAGCUCUUGAAUUCC